GAGUUUGAGGACUGCAGAUGGUAACCAUCUGUUCUGGACUAGCAUUUUACAAUAUUUGAUUAGCACUUUAUAUAGUCUGGGGAAGCCUGCCAGAGGAGCUGCCUGUCAUGUUGGGACUGUAGUGUGUCCUCUGUGGUUGCCCUUCAGGGGCCUGCCCAUGACAGUUUAUGGGCUCCCUUCUGUGGACCAGGCCAAAGCAGGGCUAGUCAGAAUAGUGACAGCAAGGACUUGAAGAGCCCCGUGUCCUUCUUAGACUUCCUUACAGCUGGAACCAUUGAGGCGGGGCUCACAGAUGGCCCCACUGCCGGGGGCAGAGCUGGUCCAGACACCGCUGCAGCUCUACCGUUACCUGCUGCGCUGUUGCAGGCAGCUGCCAACCAAGGGCGCCCAGGAGCACUACAAGCAUGCUGUCCGGCAGGGUUUCCGGGUUCACUCAGAUGAAGAUAACCCUGAGAGAAUCCUGCAGAUUAUUAAAAGAGCCAUUGAGGAUGCCGACUGGAUCAUGAACAAGUAUAAAAAACAAAACUGAGAAUCCGCAGCUGGCAGCAUGACUGUCCUGGAGACAUUGGAACUGAGAAGCCUCUCUGCUUUUGGAGCUCAGCAGCAGCAGCAGCAGCAAUUCUGGAAUAUUCUCUGACAUUGUUGGCCGGAAGCAGGAAAUCAUAGCUGACAUUUGGUCAAGUGGCUCUUGUCACCGAAGCCAUGUUUCCAGCAUCUGUUAUGUCUGCUCUUCCAUCCCGGAAUGAUAUGCAAUUUGGGGAGAACUUGGUGUUUUUUUGCUUCUUCUCUGUGUUUCUCAUUUUUGUCUAUCUGUUCUUUUUCUUUGCUCUGAAGGCAGUUAGUUUAUUCUGGAGGUCCCUUUACCGUUCUCCGAGCCCCAGAGCUGAUGUCCCCUCAGACGACCACCUGUACACAAGAAAGAGAACAGGCUUGAGAACCAGGCAGCUGUGGAUCUGAAUCCCAACCGGCAUCCACAGCUGUGCUGUGUCCUCAAUCUGCUAAGGUGCGGCUCCUGACACUGUCCCCACAACGUGCUCCAAGCAGAGGUCCUGGCCCUUGAGGUGGUGAAAUGUAUACCACGUGAGACUGGGAAGAGGAUGCAAGCAGCCAGAGUAGGCACCAGAGGUCCAGGCUUCUGGGACGCCACAGUGUGUCCUCAUGGCUCUCCCGGGCCUUGACUCUCAGGGGAGGAUGAGAGGGAAGGAGAGGACAGAGAGGUCCAGGGAGGAGCGGCCCAAGUGGGUGAAGUAGCUGAACGACACAGAGAAGCCACACUGGAGUUGAAUAUUCCCGGGGCACUCAGGCAGCGGAAGAGCUAGUGCCUGCGUGUGUCCUUGCAGUUUUGUGAGUUGGAGUGACCUCUGUCGGUGCAGAAGGGGUCGACAGUACUGAGGCACGUGUGUCAGUUUGUGAAAGCUCUUUUUGUUUAUUUAUUUUAGACAGGAUCUCACUGUGUAGCCCUGACAAGCCUUGAACUCUAGAGCUUUCAGCAAUCCUCCUGCCUCUGCCUCCCAAGCUGCUUAGAUUAUAGGUGUGCCAUAACACCCAGCUUAUUAUUAUUAUUAGCCUUUUUACAUUUAUUUAUUUGUAUGUGUGUGUGCGCAUGUGUGUACAUAUGGCAACAUUCAUGUCAUGAUACACGUGGAAGUCAGAGGACAGUUUGCAGGAGUCAGUUCACUUCUGCUGUGUGGGUCCCAGAGAGUGAACUCAGGUCAUCAGACUUGGUGGCAGAUGCCUUUAUCUGCUGAGUCCUCUUGAUGGCUCUUCUUUUUUUUUUUUUUUUAAGAUUAAUUUAUUUUAUUUAUGUGUGUGUGUGCGCGUGCCUGCACACGUUUUUAUGUCCCAUGUGUGUGAGGUGCCUUGGAGGCCAGAGGACUUGGGCUCCCUGGAGUUGCAGGCGGUUAUGAGCUGCCCGGUGUGGCUGCUGGGAAGCUGACCUGGGUCUCUGCAAGAGUAGUUGGCGCUCUUCCUGCUCGCUCUCUCUAGCCCCGGUUAUUUCCUCUUGACUGCCAUUCUCCGAAUGUGGAUUGUUUCCCUGCUGCAUGCUGUCAGACAAUGCUAAGGAUUGGGUGAGUCAGACUUCCACUCGCCAGCGGGGACCAUUCCUCAGAGAUGACCAGGUGCUGGUCCCACUGCUGGACAACAUUGGCCAAGGCCAGCUUUGCCCUCUCAGGUGAGGACAAGGCAAAAGGGUCCGAGCAAAGCUGAGUCACCUCUGUCCCCACUGCUGUUGUCUGAGCCCAAGGACCAAUCAUCCUUGGUGAUCAUGGGAGCAGGGUGGCCAUGUGCGCCACCAUGCCUGACCUUAGGUAAAGGGUUUUUGUUGGUUUUUGUUUUUGUUUUUGGUAUUUUUGAGACAGGGUUUCUCUGUAUAGCCCUAGCUGUCCUGGAUCUCACUCUGGAGACCAGGCUGGCCUUGAACUCACAGAGAUCCACCUGCUUCUGCCUCCUGAGUGCUGGGAUUAAAGGUAUGUGCCACCACCACCUGGCUUAGGUAGAGGUUUUCGUUAGAAAGAACUGGGCUUAGAAAACGGGAAUAGCACUGAUUUGGGGACCUGGGGCUGCCACUCACAGGGAUUGCUUGAGGGAUGUGGGGGUCCCCUAAUUAUGAGGAUUGUUUAAGAGGACUUUCCCAUGUAAGAUACAGAUCAGUGUCCAGGUUAUCCCUGAGACUUAUGGCAUCAUCCUAUAUCUGGUGGGGUGUCCCUUUUGAUAAGGAACAAGGGACAGACACUUUUUACUUAUUGAUAGCGAGGAUGAAAAACUAAGUGAGUCUCCAUGAAUGUGUCCCUAUUAUUUUAUCCCCCAAGAUGUCUUCUCCAGGUGUGUGUGUGUGUGUGUGUGUGUGUGUGUGUGUGUGUGUGUGUGUACACGCUUGUGCACGAGGAAGGCAGGGGGUAAUGUUGAGUGUCUCCUUCUAUUGCUCACCUUUUUGAUACAGGGUUUCCCUGUGUAGCUUUGGUGCCUGUCCUGGAUCUUGCUCUGUAGACCAGGCUGGCCUCGAACUCACAGAGAUCUGCCUGCCUCUGCCUCCUGAGUGCUGGGAUUUAAAGUGUCACCGCCUGGCUAGGAAUUAGUUCUAUAGCACGCUUAUACUGGUGUGUCCCGAUGCCCCUAGUUCUAUUGACUAGCCCAGGUACAGUGUGUCCCCCAGAGCAGUCUCCUGUGUCAUCUUGGUUAUCAGUGUCCCCAAGACUUAGAGAGUCGAUCUCAAGUUUUGGAGGAACUCAUCAAGAGCUGCAGCCCUGGGAAGGCUACUCGGGGAGCCUGGACAGAGUUGAAGCUCUGUAGGAUGCUGAGUCUUAGGAACAAGGACCACAAAAGAGAAAGGUGAGUGUUGUUGAAACAUUUCCUCAGCAGAGAGAAAUGGGCACACACUCCUGAGGAGGAGCGUUGGGUAUUUUGACUAAGUCAGGAGGAUCUGGGGCCAGGGUCACAAAUUUAUGUGGCUACCCCAGGCUUUGACUAUAAACUUUGCAAUUUUUUUUUUUAAGUUUUGAAUUGUUCCAAAUUUUAAAGCUUUUUUUUGGUGAAGCAUUUAUUUAUUUAUUUAUUUAUUUUUGAGUGUUUGUGUUUAUGUGCCAAAGUACUCAGGUCAUCAGGCUUGGUGGCAAGUGCCUUUACCUACUCAGCCAUGUCUUUGGCCGGAGCUUUUCACAUCUUCCCCUUGACUGACUUAAGAUCCAUCCCACUGAUGUCCCUUGAAGUGAGUUAUUGCCACCUGUUGAGAUUUGUACUACCUGGGAGUGUAGUAGGAUUAGAUCUUAAUGCUUUAUUGGAGGAAACUUCAGCAUUUCCCUUCCCCCAGACAGCAGUGUGGCCGUGAGUGCUAGAAACCCAGCCCGGGAACCUGUGAAUGUUGAUGGUCAGCCUUCUAACUGUAGGCAGUGACCUCACUUUGGGGGCAGGGAUGUAAGGAGGGUGGGUGUUGCCUCUGUGGCACGGUAACAACUAAGUGCUUACUGUAUACCCGGACUUUCCAAUGCCUUUACAAUAAAACUGCUAGCCCCUGUA